GUGCUGGACACCGGGAUGCCAAUGGGAGAGGAAGAAUUCAUGAUUACGAAUUGCGUUGUCCAUGACCUCACUUCCCCAGGUGUAAGGCAGAGGAAUAGAUCCCGAAUUGAUACCCAAAGGAUGCCCGAAUCCUCCCUCGACAAGCCAAUCUACACGCAUACCAAUCUGUCUCCUAUUAAACCCCCUUCUCCCACCUACGAUGUCGAGCUUGGCUGCAGGGAGCAGUGCCCUCCGACCGAGAUUUCUCUCUUCGGCAGCCAGGGGAUCCCGUCAUCCUUUGACCAGGCAGCAUGUGAGGUAUGCGAGUUCGACAAAGCCACCCAAUAAAUCAGCCGGCCGCUGGCUCGGACUGCUGGCAGUCGGAAUUGCCUCUGGAACGGCCGUCUAUGCGUAUCCGCGCAUCUUUAAGGAAGAACCUGUGGCGCCGCGACAUGUGGAUGUCGAGUUCGAGACGCCGAGGAAACAGCCCACAUCGAAGGAGGACAACCGAGACCUAAUCAGCCCGCAGCAUCUCCAGGUCAAGAAGAGCUGGGAGCAUCCGGGGGUCUACGCUUGGGGAUCCAACGCCGGGAAAGUCGCUGCGCCCGAUUCCAACGAACCCGUUAUCAAGAACCCGCGGCGGAUAUCGUACUUUGACGGACAGCUACUUCGAGAUCUGAAACUGGACCAGAAAUUUGGCGCGGCGGUAACAGAAAAUGGAGACCUGGUUCAAUGGGGAGCUGGCUUCUCGAAGACCAUUGCAUCCCCCAUCGUCACACUGAAGGGCAAGGACCUUGUCAAGCUUUCCCUGUCAAAAGACCGUAUUAUUGCUCUAUCGUCGAGCGGCUCGGUCUACUCGGUUCCCAUUGCCGCUGCAGACCAGGAGAGUGGAGAAAAACCGCCGAGUAGCUCUUGGAUUCCAUUCUGGUCCACCCCUUCCGCCAUCAGCUAUAGAACUCUGAAGCCAGAGAAUCUCGGAUGGAGCGAGAAGGUCACCGACAUUAGCAGUGGGCUAGAGCAUUGCCUGCUGCUUACAUCAAAAGGGCGCGUAUUCUCGGCCGCCUCAAGCUCUGAGGACUUCCCAUCCAGGGGGCAGCUGGGAAUCCCCGGACUUAGCUGGGCGACAAGACCACAGGAGGUUCCUUAUGACCAGCCCCACGAGAUUACCACCCUCCGCGGCGUUGAUGUGGCGCAGAUAGCUGCCGGCGACUUCCAUUCUCUGGUUCUCGACAAGCUAGGCAGUGUCUUCUCAUUUGGAGACAACUCAGCCGGUCAGCUCGGCUUCGAGCCCCAGCCAGAGUCUCCCCACAUCAAUGUGCCGUCGCCACUGUCGUUCAAAGAUCUCUACAGCGGAACAGCUAUGAUUCCUCGUGUGACGUCGAUUGCCGCCGGUGGCCUCAACUCCUACUUCACCGUGGACGCUGCCAAGACCACGAACCGGGGCAACACGGCCGACUCACCACCGCGCUCUGGGCCCGCCAAUAUUGUUGCCGAUACAUGGGCUUGCGGAGAGGGGCUCCACGGCGGCCUCGGCACCGGCAAGUGGACGCACAUCUCUAGCGAGCCGACCAAGGUCAAGGCGCUCUCGAACCUCUCCGAGUUUGACGAGAAGCGCAACCAGCUCGUCCCCAUCAAGCUAUCCAGCCUCUCGGUAGGUAGCACGCACGCGUGCGCCGUUCUGGGCAACGAGACCAACACGGCCGCGUCGCGACAGCGGUCGGACAACGCCACCAAUUGGGGCCUCGACGUCGUGUGGUGGGGGGGCAACGAGUUCUACCAGCUCGGCACGGGCAAGAGGAACAACCUCAGCACGCCGACUUACAUCGGCCCGCUGGACGGCGAGGAAGGCGAUGCGAAGAGGUCGAUCAAGGGCGAUGUGAAUCGCUUCCAGAUUGCCCCCAGGACAACUGUGCGUCUGGGCGAGGGUGGAAAGGGCAGGAAGGCUAGCGUCGAGCAGAGGGUGGAAUGUGGCAGGUAUGUCACGGCCGUAUACUCGGCAACCUAAGAGGGUGGCUCGUUCUGCCUAUUCGGCUACGGUUAGGUCAGGCGAUAACUGCUCCUUUGUGAUGCCACUAGUGGUUGGUUGCAGUCUACACAGGAGU